AUGACCCGACACCAUAAAAGACGAUCGAGGUCAAGCUCACGUUCUCGCUCUCCUUGCCGCCGCAGAGCAUCAUAUCAUACUUUAAGGGGUGAUCACAACUCGCAAAAAACGACAACCCAAUCCAAUCUUUCUAGCACGCAGAAAACAACGUCUACGCAAAUCAUAUCGAGCUCUAUUCUGCCUGCUUUAGCACAUCGUGAGGAGCUUUUAAAAGCUCUUAACGACCAUCAAGUUGUUGUUUGUGUUGGUGAAACUGGCUCGGGUAAGACAACGCAACUUCCACAAUAUUUAUACGCCAGCGGCACUUAUACCUCCUCAAAAAGUGAUGAUGGACAGAUAUCUCAAUGUAUCGUCAUCACUCAACCGAGACGAGUUGCGACGGUCUCUGUGGCUUAUCGAGUUGCCGAGGAAAUGAAGACGAAAGUUGGAGGGGAUGGGUUAGUUGGCUAUUCUAUCAGAUUUGAAUCUCGCUGUAGUGAUCAUACAAAGCUCAAGUUCUUGACAGAUGGAGUGCUGGUUCGUGAGUGUCUGAGUGACCCGUUGCUUACCAAAUACAGUGUUGUAAUGCUAGAUGAAGCUCAUGAGCGCAGCAUUCACACCGACGUAUUGCUUGGAUUAUUGAAGCAGGUAAUUAUGAAACGACCGGAGUUUCGGGUGCUGAUAACGUCGGCGACAUUGGAUGCUGAUAAGUUUGCAGCAUUUUAUAAAAAUUCGGCAAUCUCAAAUGACAAGAAGACGAAAGUGAUGAAGGAUUGUCCAAUCAUUACGAUCCCAGGACGAGUGUAUCCUGUCGAUAUAUUUCACUCGAAACAGCGUCAAAUUAUGGGACUUCGAGGUCCAUUGUCAGCCUAUGUACGUGCUGCUGUCGAGACAACCAUUCAAGUGCAUAAUAGUGAGGAACCAGGACAUAUCUUGGUAUUUCUGACCGGUCAGAAAGAAAUUGAGGAAGCAUGUGCUCAACUUCGAGCAUUGUAUCAAAGCCAAGAAAAGCGGAAUGAUGAGAUGGAGUUGCGUGUACUACCUUUAUAUGGUGCUUUACAAGGUCAGAAACAACGAGAGAUAUUUGAUUUUGUACCAUUGGCAAGUGUUCGCAAAGUCAUCGUCGCUACAAAUAUUGCUGAAACGUCAUUAACGAUCGAUGGUGUACGAUACGUGGUAGACUGUGGCUUUACGAAACAAAAAGUGUACAAUCCAAAGCAACAGAUGGAGUCGCUUGUAGUCGUACCUGUCUCAAAAGUGUCUGCACAGCAGCGAGCUGGACGAGCUGGCCGUACAGCACCCGGAAAGUGUUAUCGCUUGUACGACAAAAUGUCGUACGAGGAAAUGGCCCAAGAGACAAUACCGGAAAUUCAACGGACAAAUCUCGCCAAUACCGUUUUGUAUCUUAAACUUCUUGGUAUCCAAGAUGUAUUGGGGUUUUCGUACCUCGACCCUCCCGACAAAGACUCGCUACUUGACGCAUUAAAGCAGCUGUACGUGCUCGGAGCAUUAGAUGCCACGACUGGCGAAGCAACUUCUCUUGGUAAAGUCAUGGCUGCUUUUCCGUUAGACCCAAAACUUUCACGUGCUCUUGUUGAGUCGUUGCGAUUGAAGUGUAGUCAGGAAAUGACGAAAGUAGUUGCGAUGCUUUCUGUCGAGAAUGUAUUUCAAGACUCUUUUCAUCACAGUAAAAAGCAGCAACUACAUCGUGGAAAGGAAGACAAGGGUGAUACAAUUGACUGGGCACAGUGCAUUUUAGCAUUGCAAAGAGAAGGUCUCGUUCAUAAAGAUGGAGAUCAGCUCACGUACCGACUAUUACUCAAUGCUUUCGAAUCUGAAUCGCGUCGAGUUCAUGAUCAUCGCCGUAAGCUUGAAUAUUGGUGUCAAGAUCGCCACCUUCGAUUUCGUGCUCUAACGAUGGCUAGAUCAAUUGUGACACAGCUCCGUUAUAUUAUCACAAAGUUAUCUCGACGUGAUUUGGAGGCUAUCAUGGAUGCCAGAAUGGAGGAUAAACAAGAUAUUUCAAUAGACGAUCGUCUUCGACAAUCACUUUGUUCAGGGUUUUUUAUGAAUGCUGCAAGUCGAUGUACUGUGGAGACUGUAUACCGUUUACUGCAUACUCAUGACGAUGACAAUAAACUUGUCCAAUUUCAUCCACUUUCAGCAAUGUGUUACGCUGCUGCACCUGAAUUUUGUAUAUACCACGAGCUAGUCGUCACAAGUAAGCCAUUCAUGCGUGGCGCUUUAGCAGUUGAACGUCGGUGGCUAGAUAAAUAUUGCAAAGACAAGCUUCACGUCUCAGAAGCACAGCUAUAUGCAUUGUGUGGACGUAAGUCCUAUGUUGUCGAACCAGAUCAGUACCAGCAAGCUGAGCUUACGAAAGAAGUUGUGAAUUCCGUACCUGUGACUUCUGAUGUGACAGCUGAUGCAAUUGCUGCGGCACGUGCUCGAUUCUUGGCUCGCACAAAACGCACAGAGUGA